GUUUCAUCUGAAUCCAUCCAGUGGUUCUUGAGAUAUUUUGUCCACAGACAAACAAACAAACAUGACUGAAAACAAUGCUUUCACUAAGGCGGAGGUAAUAAUAAUUUUUUCUUUAUUAGCCACAAGUGCUCACAUAACAGGAAGUGACAAAACAGGACGAUACAAUGGGUUUUAAAACCUUUAAAACAGUGUAAAAAGCUGCCUGGGUUUCAUGUCUGUAUGCCCUUCCUAAUGCCAACCACUUUACAGAGUGUACUGUGUGCUUUUUAUGUGGCACUUGCACAACAAAGAUCUCUUGGCAGAAAGAGAGUUGGAGUUGGGAGCAUGACCAUAAAGGACAUACCUGUAUGGCUGGAUGGCCAUGAUUUUACUUACAUUCUUUUCUACUCAAGACACAGGAGGGGGCCAGUUGAUUAGAUCAAUACCAGUAUGCAACUGGUACUUAAUUUAUCAACCCCAAUAGGAUGAACGGCAAAGUCAACCUCGGCGGAAUUUCAACUCAGAACAUAAAGGCAUGAAAUACUGUUGAGCAUUUCACCCAGUGCACUAAUGUUUCUGCCAGCUUACUGCCUUAUUUACUUACAUUGACUUGACACAAUUUUAUUUACAUUGACAUGUCUUCUCAAGUAUAGCAAAUCACUAGAAGUCUCAGUCCCUUGUCAUCUCAAUGAACAUUAAUCAAUGAUGAUGAACUAUUGUUUUUAUAUGAUUUCCAUUAUUUUGAAUAACUAUCCCAUUGUUUAGACCAGAUAAGGUCUCCACAUUACAGAUGGAAAAAGUGAAAAAUAAAGAAAUAUAUAUAUACACCUAUAUAAAUGACAUGUUUUGUUGUAAUCUCUGUGCAGUAAUUUGUUAUUUUCUACAGUUCUCUACAAGCCAGUAUUUAUAUAAUUGCAAAUGUAUUCACACAGGUAAUAUCUGUGAUGAUGCAUUCCCUCAAUAUAGUAAUUAUUUACACAAAAAAGAAACCAUGCCAUUGUGAUAUUUGUGGUAAAGUAUUCUCUCUAAUUUAAACACAAAUAUGUCCACAAAAGAGAAAAGCCCUACUAUUUUAGUAUUUAUAGCAUUCUCUCUGAAGUUCUAAUUUAUUGAUCCAUAAAAUCAAAGAUAAAUCAAAUCACUGUAAUAUCUGUAACAAAACUCCUUGAAGGAUAUCCAGGUGGCAUUUGAGAGGGCCAGCCAUUGGAUAUGGAUGAAAAAGAAUGAUGAAACCUGGUUGGAGAGGUGAUGAUCCCAAAAUGGACUUGAGUUUGAAUACUAGUCAGUUGAAACAAUAAAUGGGGCCUCACAUCAGUGAGUGGGGCUGGGACACUGUAAAGUUAUUGAGAGGAAGGCCCUGAAAUGAUGCACAUUCUCUCAUGAUGACCCCUGAAACCUACUGGCACCUGGGUAUCUGAUGAUAUUGAGAUGACACCCUGAAGACUAAAGAAUGAUAUUGCUAAGGAUACAAGGGAUUGUGUUUAUAUAACUUCAAUUUUAUCGCCAUGAACUAUUUCUUGUGAAAUGCAAUUAAUUUCAUAAUGACUGUAUUAUUUCUGUGAUGGUGUAACAUCAAGAUUUACCGAGACUUUUCAGUUGUCUUACAUAAUUUCUUCCAUAACUUUUCAUAAAAAAAUAUUUUUUAUUCAAAAUAUUGUAAGUAGUAUUUCUCUUGAAAAUUAAAAGAGAAAGAUUUUUCUAUUUUGUAAAGAACACUUGAAGCUAUGGAGGUAAAAGUGAGUGUAAGUCAGGUCCAUAAUGAAACUCAACCUGAUAAUAAUGAUGUUUCUCAUCAAACAGAGAAGGCAUCAUACAUGUGUGACAUCUGUGGGGACUCUUUCAAAAUACAAAAAUGUUUAAUUCAACAUCAGUCUAUACACACAGUUUCCGAACUAUAUGAUUGUGAUAUUUGUGGUGAAAAGUUUUCUACAAAUGAAAAUUUAUCCAAUCACAAACAAAUUCAUGCAGAGAUGAAACCAUAUUGCUGUGAUAUUUGUGGGAAGGUACUUUCUGAAAAGAAUGGUUUAUUUAACCACAAAUGUAUUCAUGCAGAAGAAAAACCAUACCACUGUGAUAUUUGUGGGAAAGAAUUCUCUCAAAACAGUAAGUUAUUAACCCAUAGACGUAUUCACACAGGAGAAAAACCAUAUCGUUGUGAUAUCUGUGGCCAAACCUUUUCUGUUAAUGGUUCAUUAUCUACACACAAACGUAGUCACACAGGAGAAAAACCAUAUCGUUGUGAUAUUUGUGGGAAAACGUUCUCAGCUAGUAGCACAUUGUCUACACAUAAACAAAUUCAUACUGGCGAAAAACCAUACCAUUGUGAUAUCUGUAGUAAAUCAUUCUCUCUAAAUAGUAAUUUGUUGAAACAUAGACGCAUUCACACAGGAGAGAAACCAUACCACUGUGAUAUUUGUGGUAAAAAAUUCUCUCAUAGUAGUAAUUUAUUAACCCAUAGACGUAUACAUACUGGGGAAAAACCAUACCAUUGUGAUAUUUGUGGUAAAAAAUGCAAUACUAAGGAACGUUUAUUAAGCCACAAACGCAUUCACACAGGGGAAAAACCAUACAAAUGUGGUAUCUGUGGUAAUACAUUCUCUGAUAAGGGGUAUUUACAGUCCCAUAAACUGAUUCAUACAGGAGAAAAACCAUAUCACUGUGAUGAAUGUGGUAAAAAAUUCUCUACAAAACAAUAUCUAUCUAACCACAAACGUACUCAUGCAGGAAUAAAACCAUGCCACUGUGAUAUUUGUGGUAAAGCAUUCUCUCGGAAUAGUCACUUGUUGACUCAUAAACGUAUUCACACAGGUGAGAAACCAUAUCACUGUGAUAUUUGUGGUAAAUCGUUCACUCUAAAUGGUCAUUUAACUAAACACAAACGUAUUCACACAGGCGAGAAACCUUAUCACUGUGAUACCUGUGGUAUGACAUUCUCUCAGAGCUCUAAUUUAUUGACCCAUAGACGUAUUCAUACAGGAAAUAAACCAUACCACUGUGAUAUCUGUGGUAAAACUUUCUCUGCCAAUGAUUCUUUAUCCAGACACAAACGUAUUCACACAGGGGAAAAACCAUAUCAUUGUGAUAUCUGUGGUAAGACAUUCUCUGAUAGUAGUUCUGUGUCAUCUCACAAGCGAGUUCAUACUGGUGAAAGGCCAUAUCAUUGUGAUAUCUGUGGUAAAACAUUCACUGCUAGUAAUUCAUUAUCUACACACCAAACUAUUCACACAGGCGAGAAACCAUAUCAUUGUGAUAUUUGUGGUAUAAAAUUCUCUAAAAAUUGUAAUUUAAUGAGGCAUAAACGUCUUCACACGGGAGAGAAACCAUAUCACUGUGAUUUCUGUGAUAAAACAUUCACCUCUAGUUCUGAUUUGAACACACACAAACGUGUUCAUACAGGAGAGAAACCAUAUCACUGUGGUAUCUGUGGUAAAUCAUUCUCUCAGAAUAGUCACUUAUUGAACCAUAGACGUAUUCACACAGGUGAUAAACCUUAUCAAUGUGAUAUUUGUAGUAAGGCAUUUUCUAGAAAAGGUGACUUAUUAAAUCACAAACGUUUACACAGGAAAGAAACUACAUCUCUAUGAUAUUUGUGAUAGAUAAUUAUCCUGUUAACCUGUUAGCAUUUAAACUGGCCAUAUCCAGCCCAAAUAUUCUACUUGCCUUAUGUUUAAACUGACUGGGUCCAGCCUUUCACACCUACCCUGUAAUGUCAUUGAAAUUUCAAGGCUACAAGAUAAUUCAUGAUUAAUGCAAAACAAUAUGAACAAAUAAGCAUUACAUUUGACAAUAAUUUAAAUGCUAAAGAGUUAAUCAGUUAUUAUACAGAGAAUAUAUACUAAUUCUGCUGAAAUUCUUCAAAAGCUAUUUAUGUUAAGAUAAUUAAGUUGUGAUAAGAUUACAGGCAUCCUAGACCAACCACAUCCCAAUAAAGACAUUCAAAUGAUUGGUAAUAUCUCAUUCAACACACUCUAAGCUUUUUCUCACACACAAUUUGUCUUUCCUACCCAAACAACACUUUCCUCUGCUCUUCAGAUCAGAUGAAAUACAGUGGGAUUACUUUGAGUAAUCCUAGAUGCCCCUCGAUGCAGUUAGCUAUAACCCAGAUUAUAAAAGUACUAGUACCUGCCUGAAUAUUUUAUCCCUAUUCAUUUUAUACAUAUAUAUAUGCGAAAGUAAAGAAUAUGUACACCCAGUGUUUAGGGUUAGGAUUUUUGUUA